UACCAAUCAAAAUGGCUGCCUGGGGAACCGACGAUAUGUCGGCUGCUUUGCCUGACCCCUCCAUCCCAACCGAUGCGCCUCAAGAGGCUUCUACCGAUGCACCCAAGGUCAAUCCUCAAGAGGCUGGCUGGGUUCAGAAGUCGAACUACGAUUAUGAGACCUACAACAAAUCUAACAAGGAACUUCUUGACAUCCAACAAUCUCAACCUGGUGGAGCCAACAACGACCAGGAUGAUGCUGUAGGUGGCCUUCGAGACGGCGAUUGGGCUGGCAACGCUGCUGUGUACGAAUGGAACGACGAGUAUGGUGAUGUUGCCCCCAGAUUUGAAGCUCUUGAGCAACAGCUCUUUGGAGCCGCCAAUCAUACUCGGACUGGUAUUAAAUUUGAGAAGAUUGCCAUGCUUGAGGUUAUCCAAGAAGGUACUGAGCGCAUUAACCCCGUUAGGUCCUUCGAGGAUGCUGGCCUUCAUCCUGUCAUGCUUCUGAAUACUCAGCUGGCAGGAUACGAUAGACCAACACCCAUUCAGGCUUAUACUCUUCCCGCCAUUUUCCAGAAUAAGGAUCUUAUUGCUUGCGCUCAGACUGGUUCUGGAAAGACUGCUGCUUUCUUGAUUCCCAUCUUGUCAAAGUUGAUGGGCAAGGCCAAGAAGUUGUGUGCCCCUCGACCCAACCCAGCCACCUAUGAUGCUAAAGUUUCUGGUCCUAUUCGUGCUGAGCCUCUGGUUCUCAUCGUCGCCCCUACUCGAGAGCUGGCUACUCAGAUCUUCGAUGAGGCUCGUCGCUUCUGUUAUCGUACCAUGUUUCGCCCAUGUGUUGUCUAUGGUGGUGGACCAAUUGCCGAGCAGAUGAAUCACCUUUCUAAGGGUUGUGAUCUUCUGAUUGGUACCCCUGGUCGUUUAGUUGAUUUCAUCAGCCGUCCCCAUCUCUUGACCCUUAAGCGCCUUAAGUACAUGGUGAUUGAUGAGGCUGAUGAAAUGGUUCAAUCUGAUUGGGAGAGCGAAUUGAAGCAGAUUAUGUCUGGUGGUGAUCAAGAGGAAGGCAACAUCAACUACUUGAUGUUUUCGGCCACUUUCCCAAAGAUCUGUCGUGAACUUGCUGAGCAACACUUGACACACAACCAUGUCCGCAUUCGUGUUGGCCGCGCUGGUUCUACCCAUGAUAAUAUCAAGCAAGAGGUUGUCUAUGUUGAGGCUCAUGCUAAGCGCCAAUGCUUGGUCGAUCUUUUAAUGUCGAUGCCUCCUGCUCGUACCAUCAUCUUCGUUAACUCAAAGCGUACGGCUGACGAGGUUGAUGAUUUCCUCUUCAACCUCAACUUUCCGUGCACUUCGAUUCAUGGUGAUCGUACUCAGCGUGAGCGUGAGGAUUCUAUUCGCUCGUUCCGCAAGGGUAAGAAUCCUUUACUUAUUGCGACUGGUGUAUCCGCUCGUGGUUUGGAUAUUCAUAAUGUGAUGCACGUCAUCAAUUAUGAUCUCCCAUCUCCUCAGUAUGGUGGCAUUCAAGAAUAUAUUCACCGUAUUGGUCGUACUGGUCGUAUUGGUAACUUGGGCUUGGCCACCUCAUUCUACAACAGCCGUGAUUCCGAUCUCGCUGAGGUUUUGGUCAAGACUCUUCUUGAGACUCACCAGAAGAUCCCAGACUUCCUCGAGGAGUACCUUCCUGAAGGUUUCACUGCUGAUGGCGAAGGUGACAUCACCAAGCUUCAGUUUGAGGUUGAUGAAGAGGAGGAGAACGCUGACGGUGGUUGGGGCUCUACUGAUAAUGCCGAAACUACUGCUGAGACUGCUGCUGAGCCAGUUGCUGAGCCAGUUGCUGAUGGUGGUGCUUGGGCCGAGCGAACCGCACCUGGUGCAUGGGGAGCUCACCCUGAUGCUGCGCCUGCAGUUCCUUUGGCUUCCGGUGGAUGGGCUGCUCUUCCCGAGCCAGUUCAAGUUGCCCAGCCUGUCGCUCAACCUGUCGCUCAACCUGUCGCUCAACCUGCUUCUGAGUGGGGUGCAGGUCCAAUUCAACAUGGUGCUCAGGUUGCCAGCCAAGUUCCUCAAUCCUCUGCUGGAUGGGGUGGUCCAUCUCCGGCUGCCCAACCUGCACAACAGUAUGGUCAACAACCCGUUAUGGCUUCUGUUGCAGGACAAUUCGGUCAACCUGGUCAACAAUUUGGCGGACAACCCGGUAUGAACGCAGCUGCACGACCAUUCAAUGGUCAACAACCCGGUAUGGCCCCGACCGCUGGACAAUUCGGUCAACAAUAUGAUGGUCGUCCCGGUAUGCCUCCGUCUACCCAACGAUUCGAUCACCCUCCCCCAAGCCAACAAUUCGGUGCUCAAUCCUACGGCAUGCCUCCAACUGCAUCUGUCGCCGCAUCUGCCCCAUGGGGUGGACAAACCGCUGCCUUCGUCCCUCAAUCUGCCAACCACGGUGGUGGACAGGUUGCACAAUCCCAAGUCCCACCUUCUCAAGCCUGGGCUGGUCCUCCUCCUUCGAGCGCCCCAGUCCAAGUUGCCCAACCCCCAGUGGCUCAACCACAACCUCCUCAAGUCAAGCCCGCACCAGCCAAGCCUGCUGUUCAAUACGACGAUUGGGGCAAUCCUAUCGGCGCCAAGUACGACAGUGCCUGGUAA